GUCACACUUCCUCAGUCAGCCCGUCCCGUUCCACUCCGCUGAGGGAGGCGAAGGAGCGCGAGCGCGUCCCAAAUCUCGCGAGAGGACGCGCUGAGGCAGAGGAGGAAGGGCGGGCGGCGGCGGCGGCGGCGGCGGCUGAGGAGGCUCGAGAGGCGGAGGGCGGCGGCGAGGAACGGGGAGCGCGACCCCGGCCGUCCAGCGUUGUCCCGCGGCCGGCAUCCUUCAACCCCGCCCGGGCCGGAUUUCCCUGGGCGGGCGCAGGCCGGGCCGGGCCUCGGGGCCUUGCAGGGCUCAAGGCGGCGGCGGCGGCGGCGGCGGGAACAACAACCCCCGUGAUCCAUGUGAACGACGCUUCCUGCACCCAGAUGAGCCCCCCAGGGCUGACGAGGCCAUUUCCGGCCCAGAUAGCUGGUGGGCUCCCACUCACCCACCCCCGCCCAGCAGAAUGCCGUCCACCAGCCGAUCGGGGCAGCCUGAAGGACCGGAAAUCGCCGAGGUUGUUUUACAAGAAGAUCCGGAGAAGCUCUUCACCGACCUCCGGGAGAUCGGCCAUGGAAGCUUUGGAGCCGUUUAUUUUGCACGGGAUGUGCGCACCAACGAAGUGGUGGCCAUCAAGAAAAUGUCUUACAGUGGGAAGCAGUCAAACGAGAAAUGGCAGGAUAUCAUUAAGGAAGUGAAAUUCCUCCAACGGAUUAAGCCGAACAGCAUAGAGUACAAAGGCUGCUACCUGCGGGACCAUACAGCAUGGCUUGUUAUGGAAUAUUGUUUAGGAUCAGCUUCAGAUUUACUAGAAGGUAAUUCAUAAAAGCCUUUGCAAGAAGUGGAAAUUGCUGCAAUCACUCACGGUGCUCUUCAAGGAUUGGCCUACUUGCAUUCCCACAAAAUGGUUUACAGGGACAUCAAGGCAGGGAACAUUCUUUUGACGGAACCCGGGCAGGUGAAGCUGGGAUUUGGAUCGGCUUCCAUCGCGUCCCCUGCCAAUUCAUUUGUUGGGACUCCCUACUGGAUGGCCCCAGAGGUGAUCCUGGCCAUGGACGAAGGGCAGUACGAUGGUAAAGUUGACGUGUGGUCUCUUGGGAUCACCUGCAUUGAAUUAGCGGAACGGAAGCCCCCGUUGUUUAACAUGAACGCCAUGAGUGCCUUAUAUCACAUAGCGCAGAAUGAAUCCCUCCUCCAGUCCAGCGAGUGGUCUGACUAUUUCCGAAACUUUGUAGAUUCCUGUCUCCAGAAAAUCCCCCAAGACAGACCAACGUCCGAGGAGCUCCUGAAGCAUGUCUUUGUGGUCAGAGACCGCCCGGAAACGGUGUUGAUAGACCUGAUCCAGAGAACCAAGGACGCCGUGAGGGAGCUGGACAACCUUCAGUAUCGCAAAAUGAAGAAGCUCCUCUUCCAGGAGGCCCACAACGGACCAGCAGUGGAAGCCCAGGAGGAGGAAGAGGAGCAAGACGCCAGCAUGGGCCGGACGGGAACCGUCAACAGCGUGGGGAGCAACCAGUCCAUUCCAAGUAUGUCCAUCAGCGCCAGUAGCCAAAGCAGCAGCGUCAACAGCCUCCCGGAUGCCUCCGACGACAAGAGCGAGCUGGACAUCAUGGAAGGAGACCACACGGUGAUGUCCAACAGCUCCGUCAUCCACCUGAAGCCGGAGGAAGAAAACUACAGGGAGGAUUCAGACGCCCGGCUGAGAGGAUCGGAGCCCCAGUCUCCGCCCCAAGCGACGCGCCACAGAGCCCACUACCGCAACCGAGAGCACUUUGCUACCAUACGCACAGCUUCCCUGGUGACCAGACAGAUGCAGGAACAUGAGCAGGACUCGGAGCUGCGGGAACAGAUGUCCGGCUACAAGCGCAUGAGGCGGCAGCACCAGAAGCAGCUGAUGGCGCUGGAGAACAAGCUGAAAACGGAGAUGGACGACCAUCGCCUGCGGCUGGACAAGGACCUGGAAACGCAGCGCAACAACUUUGCGGCGGAGAUGGAGCUGGUCAAGAAGCACCAGGCGGCCAUGGAGAAAGAGGCGAAAGUGAUGGCCAACGAGGAGAAGAAGUUUCAGCAACACAUCCAGACGCAGCAGAAGAAAGAGCUCAACAGCUUUUUGGAAUCCCAGAAGAGAGAGUACAAGCUCCGCAAAGAGCAGCUCAAAGAGGAGCUGAGCGAGAACCAGAGCACCCCCAAGAAGGAGAAGCAGGAGUGGCUGUCGAAGCAGAAGGAGAACAUCCAGCACUUCCAGGCGGAGGAAGAGGCCAACCUGCUGCGGCGCCAGAGGCAAUACCUGGAGCUGGAGUGCCGGCGGUUCAAGAGGAGGAUGCUGCUGGCGCGCCAUAAUCUGGAGCAGGACCUUGUGCGGGAGGAGCUGAACAAGAGGCAGACCCAGAAGGACCUGGAACACGCCAUGCUGCUGCGCCAGCACGAGUCCAUGCAGGAGCUGGAAUUCCGGCACCUCAGCACCAUCCAGAAGAUGCGCUGCGAACUCAUCCGGCUGCAGCACCAGACCGAGCUGACCAACCAGCUGGAGUACAACAAACGCCGCGAGAGGGAACUGAGGCGGAAGCACGUCAUGGAAGUUCGGCAGCAGCCCAAAAGUCUGAAGCCGGAAUCUGAGGUGGGUUCCCACCAGUUCGGCCCGGUUUGGUCGAGUAGGAAGUAG